UCUUAAACCCUAAAGCUUUCUCCCUUUGUCCCUUCCCUCUCCACAUUUCGUCACCUCCUCUGCAAAAUGGCUGCAUCUCGUCUAUCCCUCCGCUACAUCCGCCGCUUCACCACCACCACCACCGGAGAUUCGGCGACCACCGUAGUAGAGUCAAGCAAGAUCUCCGCCUCCAAAGCCAAGCGCAUCCUCCGCAAACAACACGACCCCGACAAAGCCCUCGAGAUCUACUCCAACGUCUCCAACCACUCCGCGUCGCCAGUCUCCUCCCGCUACGCCCAGGAGCUCACCGUCCGCCGCCUCUCGAAAUGCAACCGAUUCUCCGACAUCGAAGCCCUGAUCGAGUCCCACAAGGACGACCCGAGGAUAAAGGAGGAGCCUUUCUACUCCACGCUCAUCAGAUCCUACGGGAGAGCCUCGAUGCUCGAUCACGCUAUCAAGGCUUUCGAGGAGAUGGGUCGGCACGAGACGCCGAGGACAGCUGUCUCCUUCAACGCCUUGCUGACGGCUUGUCUUAAUUCCCGUAAGUUUGAGAAAGUCCCCCAACUGUUCGACGAAAUGCCUCACAGGUAUAGCACCAUCGUCCUCGAUAGAGUCUCUUACGGGAUAUUGAUUAAGUCGUAUUGUGACGCUGGCUCGCCGGAGAAAGCUAUUGAGAUUAUGAGAGAGAUGGAAGGUAAACGAAACAUGGAGGUUACCACCAUUGCUUUCACUACGAUCUUAGGCUCUUUGUAUAAGAACGGUAAAGUUAAGCUAGCAGAGAGCUUGUGGAACGAGAUGGUGAAGAAAGGCUGUGAGAUUGAUAGUGCAGCUUACAACGUUCGUUUAAUGAAUGUUCAGAAGGAGGGUCCUGAGAGAGUUUGGGAGUUGAUUGAGGAGAUGAGUGUUAAGGGGUUGAAGCCUGAUACGAUUAGUUACAACUAUCUUAUGACUGCGUAUUGCGAGAAAGGGAUGUUGGAUGAGGCUAAGAAAGUGUUUGAAGGGCUUAAGAAAAACAGGUGUGCUCCUAAUGCAGCUACGUUUAGGACGUUGGUGUUUCAUUUGUGUGACAGUGGUUUGUAUGAGCAAGGGUACGCGAUCUUCAAGAAGAGUGUGGGUAUGAACAAGAUUCCGGAUUUUAAUACUUUGCAGCAUUUGGCUGUUGGGUUGGUGAGGAACAAGAAGGUGAAUGACGCUAAAGGGUUGAUUAGGACGGUGAAGAAGAAGUUCCCUCCGAGUUUCUUGAAUGCGUGGAAGAAACUUGAGGAGGAACUUGGUCUGGAUACGAAAACCGAUGCUUCUUCAACUCCUGCUUAAUAAAGCACAGGAGCAUUGCAAUUGAAGAUCUGAUUCUUUUGCUUGAGCUUUAGCUUUUUACGUAUAACUUCAUCUCCCGCAUUUUUACUUUCCUCAUAAAUUAGCUUGUGAAAGCUUGAAAUUUUUUUUUGGUGGAAUCUCUUGAAUUUCAUGUUAUUCAGUUUCCAGCUUCAUAGAGUUCACUGUUGUUAUGUUCUACACACUGUGCUUCGUGGUGAAUUCAAGUUUCUUUUGUUUUA